AUGAAGCCAUACCGUCGGUCCAAUAAAGCUUUUAUGGUCGAAUAUCGUUUGGCCACACGCUUGGGUCGGUUCAAAGUGCUUGUAAAAGAAUUCGCGAACGACAUUCGUGCUCUUUGGCAUUAUGGUGCGCCGUUUCCAACCUUCCUCAAGCUUAUUGGUACACUGUUUCUCUUUUUGCUUGUUCUUUUGCCAUUGAUAUAUCCCAUAUUCGUGAUUUUUGCAACAUAUUUUAUUUACGAGGGCCUAUUUUUAAGUUGGUGGUUGGACCAACCAUAUCGAUUUUACCCUGUUACCAUCGUAAAACGUGCACUCUCAACUGUGUUCCGAUCUUACCCCGCUAGCGACAUGUGGAAGGUACGGGAGGUGUUUACGCGUGGUAUUUUGCUAGCUCACUCCAUGGCAACAUCUGUGGAUUACCUCUGCGUUAUGCAGGGGCUUCUUGACGAAUCUUAA